CUCAAGCGCAAAACAGAGGUUUUAGGGACUGGAAAAAAAACACGAAUUCCCAAAUGACGAGGAGAGAAAAGAAGCAUGUGGAGAAGAAUGGGCUGCACGCUAGUGACUGAAGCCGAGAGCCCAUUGUGGGGAAGGCAGGAGAGAGAGGCUGAUCACUUGGAGGUGAUGUCGCUACAGGGACUUACUGCUCCAUCAAAAACCAUGACAACUGCAACCAGUGCUCUGGACCUACACCAGGGCUCCUGAAAGGAAGCAGAAUAAGCUGCUCUCAGGCAUAGAAAGGGAAAGAAAAAACACAGGAGGACUGGAAGCUUGGUGUUGUCUCUCUAGAAUUCACCACAAAGCAGAGAUUUGUCUGGCUUGAGAAGAAAGCCUUGUUCCCCUCUUUUUGCUUUUUAAUAUUUUGAAGCGGUCUUUGGGGCUUGGAGGGGAGAGGGGGAAGAAAAGUACAGAUCUCUGAAGCAUCAGGUCCUUUUUUGUUUUCUUGCAGGAGAGAAAAAAAAUGGUUUUGCCAUCACCUUGGUUUUCACCAGCAAUCCAGAGUGGAUGAUAGUGUGUGUGCAGUAUGUGCGAAUGCUCCUUCAACAUGGGGAAGAAAUUUAACAUCAUCUUAAGGAUCUGCAAUGGCUUUGCCUUCUCUCACACAAUGAGGAUCUCUUGAGCUCCACUGAGGAACAACAUCAUUUGCAUUCAAAGUGCAGUGGAAAAAAAAUAUAUAUUUAAAGGAUAUAGAAUGUAAAGCAAUCAGCUUCCCUCCUUGCAGCGUGAAUUAUGGCGCAGCUCUACUACAAAAAGGUGAACUACUCCCCCUACAGGGACCGCAUCCCUCUGCAGAUAGUGCGUGCCGAGGCCGAGCUCUCCUUGGAGGAGAAGGCUUACCUGACGGCGGUAGAGAAGGGCGACUAUGCCAGUGUGAAGCAUGCCCUGGAAGAGGCCGAGAUCUACUACAACAUCAACAUCAACUGCAUGGACCCGCUGGGCCGCAGUGCUUUGCUCAUCGCCAUCGAGAAUGAGAACCUGGAGAUCAUGGAGCUCCUGCUGUGCCACAACGUGUACGUGGGUGACGCGCUGCUGUAUGCCAUCCGCAAAGAGGUGGUGGGAGCCGUGGAGCUACUGCUCAACUACAGAAAGCCCAGUGGAGAGAAACAGGUCCCUUCUUUGAUGAUGGACAACCAGUUUUCAGAGUUCACUCCUGACAUCACCCCUAUCAUGCUGGCAGCCCACACCAACAACUACGAGAUCAUCAAACUGCUGGUCCAGCGCAAGGUCACCAUUCCCCGACCCCAUCAGAUCCGCUGCAACUGUGUGGAGUGUGUGUCCAGCUCGGAGGUGGACAGCCUCCGGCACUCCCGCUCACGGCUCAACAUCUACAAGGCUCUGGCCAGCCCCUCGCUCAUCGCCCUCUCCAGCGAAGACCCCAUCCUCACGUCCUUCCGGCUGGGCUGGGAACUGAAGGAGCUGAGCAAGGUGGAGAAUGAGUUCAAAGCGGAGUACGAGGAGCUGUCCCAGCAGUGCAAGCGUUUCGCCAAAGACCUGCUGGACCAGGCGCGCAGUUCCCGCGAACUGGAGAUCAUCCUUAAUCACCGCGACGACCAGAGCGAGGAGCUGGACCCGCAGAAGUGCCAUGAUCUUGCCAAGCUCAAACUUGCCAUCAAGUACCACCAGAAGGAGUUUGUUGCCCAGCCGAACUGCCAGCAGCUCCUAGCGACACUGUGGUAUGAUGGGUUCCCCGGUUGGCGCCGGCGGCACUGGGCGGUGAAGCUGCUCACCUGCUUCACCAUUGGGCUGCUCUUUCCCGUCUUCUCAGUCAUCUACCUGAUCGCCCCCAAGAGCAGCCUGGGGCUCUUCAUCAAGAAGCCCUUCAUCAAGUUCAUCUGCCACACUGCCUCUUACCUGACCUUCCUCUUCCUGCUCCUGCUGGCCUCGCAGCACAUCGUCCGCACCAACCUGCACAUGCAAGGCCCACCGCCCACCAUUGUGGAGUGGAUGAUCCUUCCCUGGGUUCUUGGGUUUAUUUGGGCUGAAAUCAAGGAAAUGUGGGAUGGGGGAUUUACGGAGUAUGUGCAUGACUGGUGGAACCUCAUGGAUUUCGCCAUGAACUCCCUGUACCUCGCAACCAUCUCAUUGAAGAUAGUUGCGUAUGUCAAGUACAACAGCUCCCGGCCUCGCGAGGAAUGGGAGAUGUGGCAUCCAACGCUCAUCGCUGAAGCCCUCUUCGCCAUAGCCAACAUCUUCAGUUCCCUGCGGCUCAUCUCGUUAUUCACUGCCAACUCCCACCUGGGACCCCUGCAGAUCUCCCUGGGCAGAAUGCUGCUGGACAUCCUCAAGUUCCUCUUCAUUUACUGCCUCGUCCUGCUGGCUUUCGCCAAUGGCCUCAACCAGCUCUACUUCUACUACGAGACCAAAGCUUCUGAUGAGCCCAACCACUGCAAGGGCAUCCGCUGUGAGAAACAAAACAACGCCUUUUCCACACAACAAAAAAGUCAAUUACAAGUUUCUUUUGAAACUCCACAGGACCAUGCUGACAUUGAAUGGAAGUUUGCCCGGACCAAACUGUGGAUGAGCUAUUUUGAUGAAGGGGGUACCCUGCCUCCCCCGUUUAACAUCGUCCCAAGCCCCAAGUCUAUCUGGUACCUGUUUGUGUGGCUCCACAGGAAGCUGUGCUCAAGGAGGCGACAAGAAGAGGAACAGAAGAAACAUGAGAACUUCAGGGCUUUCACUGAGCGUCAUGCUGACAAUUUGAUCCAAAAUCAGCACUACCAGGAAGUCAUAAGAAACCUAGUGAAAAGAUAUGUGGCGGCUAUGAUUCGGAGUGCAAAAACAGACGAAGGCCUAACAGAGGAGAACUUCAAGGAGCUGAAGCAGGACAUCUCCAGUUUCCGCUAUGAGGUCUUGGACCUCCUAGGUAAUAGGAAACCCCCGAGGAGGACCUACUCGUCCAGCAGUGAGGCCACACUGAAGGACGAGGCAAAUGAGGACGAGGACGGAGGCCGGGACAAGAGCUCCAAGAGUGUCUCCUUCAGCCUGGCCGAGAAGAAGAAAGACGCCUUCAGUGUCUCGGCCCUCUUCAAGUCCAUGUCAGGGGCGGACGUGGCCGAGGACAAACCAAAGAGCAACGGCCUGAGGCGGUCCUUCAUCAAGAACGGCAACCGGCUGCAGCGCCUCUCCAGCUCCAAGAAAGACUCGUUCAAAAGGCUGGGCCUGCUGUUCUCAAAGAUGAAUGGGCACCUCUCAGAGCCGAACUCGGAGCCCAUGUACACCAUCUCCGAUGGACUCCUCCAGCCCCAGUAUAUGUGGCAGGACUUCAAGCACUCUCUCGCCAACGACCGGGAGGUGACCCGCAGUGAAAUCCACCUCAACGAGGUGGGCCUCACCCAGCCGGCCCAGGUCAAUGGUAAAGACAGUCUCGUGCCUCCUGUAGGCAGCAAGUCCCUUCACUGUGCUUCCAACAUAACAGCUUCCAACUCCAGACUCAUAGACUCCACAGAGGAUGUGUUCGACAGCUGGGAAGGGGGCUGCGAUGGGCUGAUCAGAAAGUGGAGACAGGGGCAGGAGGACAUCGUUUCCACUCAGCUAUAAAGAAAAAAAGAAAAGAUAUAUAUUUCUAAUAUUUGGUCAAAAUCUCUGCUUGCACUGUAAUCCAAGCUAGGGGCCAGCCUAGAACAUUUAUUUAAACAGGGCGCCCACGACUGCAAGUUAUUAGUGUAGAAAAAUAAAUUUUAAAAACAGGAGCUUAGUUUAUUGCAAUAGUAGUACUUAUUAACAAUUUAGCUACCCAUGUACAGUCUUUUUCUUCUUUUACCUACUGCUGAAUUUUUAACAAAACUAGGCACAGCUCAGGUAAACUCCGAUAGGGUUUACUGCUGAAAAAGUCUCUUCCCCUGACUACGAAGGUACUGUACAACAGCAUUUUGUUUUAAGUCUGUGUUCCCAACAAGAAAUUAAAAAAAUCAUGGUGUUAAAAUUC